UCAGCCGGGGCGGCGCGGGGCGCGUUCUCUCUGGACGGCCGGAGGCGCGCGCCGCGGGGCGCGUUCUCUCUGGACGGCCGGAGGCGCGCGCCGCGGAGCUCCGUGUGGGGUCGGCGCUGCCCUGUGUGACUGGAAGGAAGCUGGAGCCAGAUGCCGAACUGGAGGUCUUGCCGCCGGGAGCCCCCUUCCUCUUGGACUAGUGUGUUCGGGCUUCCCUGCGGGCUGGGGCCCAAGAGUGAAAUGGUCGCCGAGGCCCAGGGCGUCUGACUUCCGCGCGCCUGGUGAAGGGAACUGGGAAGCCUCGAGGGACCCCUUCUCCCCCCAAUAACUCCAGGCCUGAAAACCCCUGCCAGGCAAAUGUGCAAUACCAACAUGUCUGUGUCUAAUGAUGGAACCACCUCACAGAUUUCAGCUUCGGAACAGGAGACCCUGGUUAGACCAAAACCAUUGCUUUUGAAGUUGUUAAAGUCUGUUGGUGCACAAAAAGACACUUACACAAUGAAAGAGGUUAUAUUUUAUCUUGGCCAGUAUAUUAUGACGAAACGAUUAUAUGAUGAAAAGCAACAACAUAUUGUAUAUUGUUCAAAUGAUCUUCUAGGAGAUUUGUUUGGAGUGCCAAGCUUCUCUGUGAAAGAGCACAGGAAAAUAUAUACAAUGAUCUACAGAAACUUGGUAGUAGUCAAUCAGCAGGAAUUAUCAAACUCAGGUACAUCUGUGACUGAGAACAAAUGUCACCUUGAAGAUGGGAGUGACCAAAAGGAUCCUGUGCCAGAGCUACAGGAAGAGAAACCUUCCUCUUCAAAUGUGGUUUCUAGACCGUCUACCUCAUCUAGAAGGAGAGCCAUCAGUGAGACGGAAGAAAAUUCAGACGAAUUGUCUGGAGAAGGACAGAGAAAACGUCACAGAUCUGAUAGUAUUUCCCUUUCCUUUGAUGAAAGCCUGGCUCUGUGUGUGAUCAGGGAGAUCUGCUGUGAAAGAAGCAGCCCCAGUGAGUCUCCAGGGACACCGUCACACCCGAGUCCUUUGUCACCCUUGAUAGAGAGCAGUGGCGUCACAGCUCACAGCAACCUCAAACUCCUGGGCUCAAGUGAUUCUCUUGCCUCAGCCUCCCAGGAUCUUGAUGCUGGUGGAAGUGAACAUUCAGGUGAUUGGUUGGAUCAGGAUUCAGUUUCAGAUCAGUUUAGUGUAGAAUUUGAAGUUGAAUCUCUUGAUUCGGAAGAUUAUAGUCUUAGUGAAGAAGGACAAGAACUCUCAGAUGAAGAUGAUGAGGUGUAUCGAGUUACUGUGUAUCAAGCAGAGGAGAGUGAUACAGAUUCAUUUGAAGAAGAUCCUGAAAUUUCUUUAGCUGACUAUUGGAAAUGUACAUCAUGCAAUGAAAUGAAUCCUCCCCUCCCACCACAUUGCAACAGGUGUUGGGCCCUUCGUGAGAACUGGCUUCCUGAAGGUAAAGGAAAAGAGAGAGGGGAUACCUCUGAGAAAGCCAAACUAGAAAACUCAACACAAGCAGAAGAGGGCUUUGAUGUUCCGGAUUGUAAAAAAACUACAGGGAGAGAUUCCAAAGAGUCAUCUGUGGAGGAAAAAGAUGAUAAAAUCACACAGGCCUCCCAGUCACAAGACAGCGAGGCCUAUUCUCAGCCGUCAACUUCUAAUAGCAUUAUUUACAGCAGCCAAGAAGACGUCAAAGAGCCUGAAAGGGAAGAAACACAAGACAAAGAAGAAAGUGUGGAAUCCAGCUUUCCCCUUAAUGCCAUUGAACCUUGUGUGAUUUGCCAAGGUCGACCUAAAAAUGGUUGCAUUGUCCAUGGCAAAACAGGACACCUUAUGGCGUGCUUCACCUGUGCAAAGAAGCUAAAGAAAAGGAAUAAGCCCUGCCCAGUGUGUAGACAGCCGAUUCAGAUGAUUGUGUUAACUUACUUCCCCUAGCCGACCUGCCCAUAAAAGUAGAAUAUAUAUUUCUAACUAUGUAACUCUAAAAAUUUAGACAACAUGGAUUUUAUUUUAUUUUAUUUUAUUUUAAGAGACAGAGUCUCAUUUUGUCACCCUCGGUAAAGUGCUGUGGUGUCACAUAGCUCACAGCAACCUCCAACUCCUGGGCUUAGGUGAUUCUCUUGUCUCGGCCUCCCAAGUAGCUGGGUCUACAGGCGCCUGCCGCCACACCCAGCUAUUUUUUUUUGUUGUUGCAGUUUUAGCUGGGGCUGGGUUUGAACUCACCAACCUUGGUAUGUGGGGCUGGCGCCCUACUCACUGAGCCACAGGCGCCACCCUGGAAUUUAUUUUUAUUUACUAUGUCAAAGUGAGAAAGUGUCUCAAUCCAGAUAGGUUUUUUCUUUAGUGUUCUUUACCUACUUCAGGAGAGGAAUAGUGAAUAUUUAUUUCCUUUUGGGAAAAUUUCACUUCUGUUUGUAUUUGGCUUUUAACGUAAUUUGAGUUGGAUACAUAGCUCAUCCUUUACCUGUGCUCCUUUCUCUUAAAUGAGAAGUAUCUGAUUUUUAAAAAUACUUGUAUAUGAUUAGGACACCUAAAUGUAAUUUAUUUAGUACCUUUCUUGUAUGGAGAAAAUGUGCAGUAGAUUUUGAUUACAUUUUUGAAACUCUUUAAUCUUCUAGUGUUUUAAGUUUUUCUCAGCCUCUUGAAAAUAUUCUUUCUGGGUAAAAAAGAAGCUGGUAGUUGUGUUUGUUGCUAUGUGAGUGGAAAUGGACAUCUUACUCCUUAGCACCUUUGGUUAUGCUGUGAGGGCUCGGUGGUAACGAUGUCGUCAGGGAGCACAGCUGUCACUCAUAAGAUGAAACUUUUUUAAGGCUCCCUAGUAAAAUGUGGAAUUGUCUUGGGAGUCUAAUCUCUAGCACACCAGGCCGUUUUUCGCAAAAUAUCCUCUUCAGAGCUGGGCAUUGUGGCAAAUGCCUGUAAGUCUCUGCUUGGGAGGCUGAGGCAAGAGGAUUGCUUGAGCCCAAGAGUUUGAAGUUGCUGUGAGCUGUGAUACCACAGCACUGUACCCAGGGGAACAGAGUGAGACUGUCUCAAAAAUAAAGUGCUCUUUAGGAUUUAGUGGAGUCUGUUGUUUCCCCUAAGUUGAAAACUAACUCUCAGAUGCUUUGAAGUACCUUUUUGGGCGAGGUUAUGUGGUUUCUGGUAGUUGCCUAGGUUUGGGGCCUUUUAUUAAAGCCAGUUUUAAAAACUAGUGAAUUUAGAAAUUUGAUAAACAAAACUCAUUUUAAAGCUAGCUGAAAAGGUUGUAAGUUCUCUAUCAGUUAUCCAGAAAUUAUGCAUCACUUUUCUUCAAAAAAGAUGGGUUAGAACAUGGGAUUCUAAAGUGACUUUCUCUCAAGCUUGGUGUUUGGUCAGUAAGGACCGUACAUAUUGGGAAGUGUCACUUCCCUUUGGGACCAUCUACCCUGGCCUUGAUGUAUUUUUUGUCUGCAGCUAUUAUAGGCUGCUCAGAUUCUGUAAAUCCAAAUACCAUAAAAACUUUACAAAGUGCCAUCCUCACAAGAUUGGUGGACUAAAAGCAUUCCAUGAAGCAGCUGGUGUAAAAAGUUAAUUCAUCUGAAUUUGAAAAAUGCAGAAAUGAACCUGUCAAAUGCCAGUGAGAGCUGUCGAGUGAAACUGUUGAUGCAUUAAGGAGAGUCAGGGAGUUGGAGCAGAAGCGCUGAGCUGCGAGCUGCAUGUGUAGUGAGCAGAAUAAAGACCUGCAGGAAGCACAGCAGAGCUUUCAUCGUCUCUGGGCCCCUCAUGCCCGUAAAGGAAAGCAGAGACAAGAAGAGGAGGCUGUGGACACGGACUGGGUUUCCUAAAUGUCUCAUUGUACCGUUUCUACUUGACACUGGAAAAUCUUCGUUUAGAGGCUUAGAACUUCUCAAUGGAAUAUGUCUCUCCUACACUGUUGUUUCCAAAACAGUCCUAAAUUGGCCGUGUCACUUGGGUAAUGGUACCCAUCAGCGUCAUGUAACCACUGAUGGCAACAAUUCAUGGCUAGUGAUACAUAAAAUUUAUUUGUAGUAAGAUGUCUUAGAAAGUGGGGGGUACAGUAAGGAACUAAUCUGUGUGACAGUUUGAAAGACCGUGUGACAGUCUUUCAGUUUGAUUUCAUUAUUUCCUGUUGUGGUUUAUUAGCAUUUUAGAAGAACAUAAUGGCCUCAUACAGGCUGUCCAUAAAGUUCACGUGCAAUUUUAAAAUAGUUAACUAUUUGGGGAAGCCUAAUUACACUGUACUGUUUUGACCGGGAUUCACUUUGAUAGGUGGUUGUAGAUAUUGGGGAUGUUGAGUAAUUUUAGCCUGAAAGUUUGGCAAGUACUUGAUUCUAACGUGUGAGUCCCAGCAGAGCAAGCCUUAUUUUUCUAGCCUAUCAGUGAUGUAGAAGCAGAGGAAUCUUCAGUGCCUUUUAAGAUUUUUGCAGUUUUCCUUUAAGAUGCUUCUGCUUCUGGAAAAUAGAAUUUAUGGGCAGAACUGGCCAUUAUUUGCACAUAAAACCUUUCUUAAUGAGUAUUAAGUUACAAUUAGAAAUAAGCUCUGGUGUCCCAUUGCAUAGUAGAGUUAUUGUAGUUAACACUAAUGGAUUGAAUAGCCAAAAUAGCUAGAGAGGAUUUUGAGUGUAUUACUACAAAGAAAUGAGGAAUGUUUGAAUUGCUGAUAUGCUAACUGUCUCAGUUUGAUCAUUUCACAAUGUAUAGACACGGAUCAGAACAUGACAUUGUACCCCACAAAUAUUACUGCAAUUAUUGUAGGCCAAUUAAAAGUUUUUAAGUUUUUAAAAAUUUCUGAAGUAAAAAACUGUAGAUUAACUUCUUAAUAUAUAUUUGAAUAGGAAUCUUCAGCAAAAUAGUGACAGUAACCACCUUGACUUCAGGGUUUUCCUCCCAGGCGUGAGUUGUACACACUUUGAUGAGGACAGUAGAGUUGGCUGUCAGUUUAGACCUGAAGGAUGAGAGUUUGUACAGCUCUGUGCUCACACAACUUACCCCUUGUACAAGCAGGAAACAAAGGGCUGAAGUGACCAGUACUUCAGCUUUGGAGGACCUCAAUAAGGCUUUAUUUGGAACUAUAAAGACUUCAGCUAGGACCAAGUGGUGUCCGUUUCUUCUGAGGGGAGUUGGUAAGCAUAAAUAAGAUUAUAAAUGAAGUACAUUUAGAGCAUGUAAUGAACUAUUUAUACAUUUUAAAUUUGUAAAUGAAGUGUCAUUCUACAUGCCUUGUACUUUAUGUUUAAAUUUUUAGGUUUAGUAUAUGUAGAUUUUCAAAUAAAUGAUUUAUUAAAU